GCACACCUGGCGCCGAAGACGGAAGACCCGACGGGCAUCCAUGGACAACGACAUCAGCCUUCCACGCAGUAUUACAGUAUGCUGGCCUUGGACUUAGACACUUAGUUAUAGUAAGGCUAUAUGUGCAACUUUAUGCAUAGCGCAUGUAGUAUGCGGUGUUUUACACGAACAAGCCUGACGGUAACGCACAACGCGGAGGGUUCUCGCUUGCCUCACUUGCUUGCAAGCAUCAACACUGUGGUGUUUACUUGCCAUACUAAAAUGCAAUAAGCCGGCCAGAAUGCAGCUGCGGGAGCUUCAAUCGAGGACCUAACACCUGCGAAGGUAGCGACUGUGUGCCAUGGAUGAGUACACAUACAUCCGCACUUGUGGAGAAGGGGCCUAUGGAGACGUGUGGCUAACUCGUCGUGCGGACGGCGUCCUUGUCGCCGUGAAAGUGUUCAAGCAGGCCCACGAGGACCCCGAGAUCAAGGCGCUCGCAAAGCGCGAGGCUCGUGUUCUCCAGAACCUCAAGCAUAUCAACAUCGUGCGGCUCCUGGACGCAUUCAAGUCCAGCUCUGGGCGCGUGUACCUGGUGUUUGAGUUCUGCGAGCGCAGCGUGUUUGAUGAGCUAGACGCCAACCCCUAUGGCCUGCCCUCACGUGCCACAAAGCUGCUGGCGUGGCAGCUGCUGCACGCAGCCGCGUAUCUGCAUAACCGCAAGAUCGUGCACCGCGACAUCAAACCGGCCAACAUCCUGCUGAAGGGCGACGGCGUCUUGAAGCUGUGCGACUUCGGCUUCGCGCGGGAUGUGCCGCACGGCGGCAGGGCGGGUGUGGGGCCUCGCGGCCUGGCCGCAGCCAUGUCUACAUACGUCGUGACGCGCUGGUACCGGCCGCCGGAGGUGCUCGUCAGUGAUGCCUACGGCCCACCCGUGGACAUCUGGAGCAUUGGCUGCACCAUUGCCGAGAUUGCCACGGGUCGCCCGCUCUUUCCCGGCAAGUCCACUGCUGACCAGCUGUGGCGCAUCAUGCGCUGCCUGGGCCCUCUGACGCCCAGCCACACCGCGCGCCUGCUGGCCGACCCCCGGCUGCGCGGCUUCACCGUGCCGCCACUGCACAAGACGCUGCGGCAGCGGCUGCCGGAACUGGAGCCGCGGCUGUUCCAGCUAGUGGAGGCGUGUCUGUGCCCCGAGCCGCGCCACCGCCCCACCGCGGCAGAGCUGCUGGCGUUCCCGUACUUCUGGGACGUGCCGCAGUUGGUGGCGGGCACGCCAUUUGCGUCGCUGUACGGCGGCGGCGUGCCGGAGGCGGCGGCGGGAGGUCAGGGCGUGGCCGCGGCCAGCAAGGCCCAGCAGCCGGCGGCGGCGGGGACGCCGGCAGCCGUGGCAACAGCGCCGGCGGCGGUCCAGGCGCUGGAACCUGCUGCGGACACGCCUGUGGGGGUGUCGGUCAUGCAGAUGUCAUCACGCCAGCUCAUGCGGCUGCAGCAGGGGCUGCAACAGCACCACCUCAUGCAGCAGCAGCUGGAUGAGGCCACCAAGCAGUCAUCGCAGGCGGCCGUUGCCGCACCUGCCAUGGCAGUAGCAGCGCCGCCGAGCAAUCCCCCGGCGUUGUCUUCUAAGCUGCUUCUGAAGCUCCAGAUAAACGCUGAUGCCUUGGAGGUUGUCAACCUUCAGCAGCAGCUGCAGACCAGACACCAGUCGGCAGCGUCCGUCUCCGCUUCAAUGGCCCCACACGCUGUUCCAGCUGCAGUCGCGCCGGUAGCUGCGGCUGUGGUAACGGCAGCUGGUGCGCAUGGCGCCGCUGCCGCUAGUGUGACGUCAGAAGCGGCUGCGGGGGCUGUGGGAUCCAUGAUGGAGACAGACGACGCGGGCCGCCAGGCCGCCCCCGGCAGCGCUCACAGCCAGCAGCAGCGCCGCAAGUCAGCAAGCGGAGCGGCUACGGCAGGUGCGGCCGUGGACCUGCGCGACUGUGUCAUGCAGGACGCGGCGGAGGCGGAGGCGGAGGCGGAGGCGGAGGCGGAGGCGGAGGCGGAGGCGGAGGCGGAGGCGGAGGCGGAGGCGGAGGCGGAGGCGGAGGCAGAGGGCACUGCUGCCGCCAGCUCUAGCGGCCGUGCGCACGCACGCGACAGCGGUCAGGGCGCUGUGGGAGAUAGUGGCGACUGCGGCGAGCCGCUGCUCCAGCGCCGGCGGCUGUUGGAGCCGGCGGCUGAGGGUGCCCCUGGCGAGUCAGGGUCCAAUCCAGCUCUGCCGCCGCAGCUGGGCCUGCGGCAGAAGCGAAUGGAGGGGCUCGUGCCGGCCACUACAACAGCCGAGGCUCCAGCACCUGCACUGGCCAUGGCCGCACCUGGCGUCCUGGCGAACCAAGCAACAGCAGCAGCCGAAAGGCCGCCAACCGCAGCGGCGGCUGAAGUAGCAGCAGCGACGCCAAGAGCCUUAGGCCACAGACCGCAACAGCGCCUGAUAGACACACAGAGCCUCGAGCAGCACUUUGAAGACGCGGCAGGCACAGGGUGUGUGGAAUGUGGAGGUGCUGGUGAGAGCGCCAGGGGCGACGCGGCUUCGGACCUGGGUCGCAUGUCGUCUCCUGCGCUGCUGUGCUCCAUGACAGGGUCUCCGCACGUUGCCUGUGCUCUGGAGGGGUCGGAAGAGGCGGAGGACAAGCAGGAGCCAGAGACGUGCGCGGUUCCCUACGAGGGCUCCGCCGCCAUUUGCGGCGACAGCACCGCAGAUGGGGACGGUCGUGGAUUGGGCGGGGGAUCGCUGCCCGGGCCGCGUGUGCUGGAAGCGCUUGUUGAGGCACACAUGAAGCCCUGGGGCAGAGAGGCCGGUGGCGGCAGCGAGGCUUUGGCUGACCCAGCAGGGUCUGGCCGUGCGCUGCCGCAAGCGCGUGUCAUAUCCACCGUGCCAGGUCUGCCACCAGUGCCAGCACCACCGCGGGCGCCAGCUACAGUCCCAGUUGCUACAGCUCCGGUGGUCGCAGCGCCAGCGUCAGUGGUAGCUGCGGCCCCGGUUGUGCAGUCCGCCAGCGGCAUGGAGGCGCGCGGCUGGACGUCUCACUCGGUCACGGCGGGCGCCGCCGCCGCCACCGGCAACACAGAGGAUGACUGCCACGAGAGCGAGCGCUACGACGGAUUGGCCGAGCUGCGAGGCAGUACGGCAGGCCGUACGACACGAGUUAUGAACCCAAUGCUACUGCAGUACCAGCCGUACCUGACGGUGGCGGCUGGCGCCGCCGGCGAAGGCGGAGGUGGAGCGGCAACAGCCCGAGGCUCCGAGUCCGGCAGGCUGGGGUCCCUGUUGCCGCAGGGCGCGAGUGGGCCGCUGGGCUCACUGCUGCUCGGCGGAGACCGCACCAGUGCCACCACCGCCAUCACGCUAAGCAGCGCCCUACCGGCUGCCUUGGGGCCGGACAGCUGCAUUGCGGACGGCGGCGUCAGCGGCUUCGCGAGCGGCAGCGCUCUCAGCUUCGCCACUGCCAGCCGCUAUACCGGCGCGGCCGUAGGCGAGGGCUGGCAUAACUCGCAGCCUACAGCGAAGCUGCCGCCCUGGGCAUCCCCGUCGCCCUUCUCCGCAGACGAAGCGCCAGGCGCACCUGAAGCGCGAGGCAAGGGCGCUGCGCCAGGGGCCGCUGCGGAUGCUGGGAUCGGAACCGCCGGUUACGCCAGCGGCGGCACCGCCACAAGCCUCGCCGACGAUCACCCCCACGUCCACGGCAGCGGCAGCAACAACACACACAGUGAUAUCAGGCUGCUGCGCCUAGCGCCCUCGGCCACCAUGGCCGGUCAUUUGCAUGGUGCCGCUGCCACUGCCACUGCCGCUACCACCGCCAGCCUGCGUACCGCCGCGGAGCGGCGGACCGCCGCCGCCGCCAGUACGACGGCGGCUGCCGCAGUCACCACCGGCUUCAGCCUCGGCCUCAGACCCGGCAGCCUUGGCGGCGGCGGCAGGGGUGUCGCGUGGCCAUCGCGCGGUCGUGGCAGCCAGCUGGCAGCCUACCGUGUCAGUGCGUCGGGCAGCCUGGCACGGCUGCCAGAAGGCAUGGUGGUGUCCGUGGACGAGGCCGCCUCACCGUUGUCGCCAUCGGACGCCGCCGGCGGCACCAGUGCCUCCACGGGGCCGCUGCUCCGCAGCCAGGACAUGGCAGCUGCCGCCGCCGCCGGCCGCUCCUUGGCCGCGACCAUGGCCGCGCGCGUCUCCGUCGGCAACCGCAUUGCUGCACAGGCGGCUUCCCGCGUAGCCAAGGGCGCCAUUCCCGGCAUCUCGGCGGGCAGCAGCAGCAGCAACUUCGCCGGCUUCCCGGCCAGUGCCGGCGGUGGCACGGCCAACCUGCUGCUGUCUGCCAUUGGCGGCGGCAGCCUGACCGACGGCAAUACCAACGGCGCCAACGGUAUCACGCGGCGGCCGGGGGCGCGGCCUAGCCUCAGCGGUGUGCCGGGCGUGCCUGUGAGCCUGGACAUGCUCUGCCCCGGUAGCAUGUUGGGGACCGGCUGCGGCACGCCAAGCCACGCCAGCGGCCAGCUGCAUUCCCAGUCCCUUACCUUCGACUCCAUCCCCCUGCACGAGCUGUUCACGCCGCGUGGCGCGCCCGAGCUGACCGCCUGCGCGGGCCUGCCGCCGCCGCACCGGCGGCCGCCGGCGGCCGCGUCACCUUGGGUGCCGCCCUCCGCCAACAACAGCGACAGUUUGUUCAUGCUGUCAGGGCUGGGACUGCCGCGCGGCACCACACCAACGUCGCUGCCGCGCACGCUCACCGCGGGCAUGUCGGACUCGGACCGGCCCUCGCCCAGCGAUGCAGGUGACCCCGACCGGCCCUCGCCGCCAGCCGCGGACGGCGAGAGCUGCAUGGCGCUGUCAGCCUCGUACGCCGCCGUGGGCGCUGGUACCGGUGGAGCUGGAAGAGGAGCAGGAGGUGCUGGUGCAGGCGGUGCAGGCGGCUCUGUCAAGAACGGUGGCCGCUUCUGGAGCUCACUGAUUGGGCGCAUGAGCAUGCGCAGCAGCAACAGCAGCACAGCCGGCGCGGGCGCGGCCGCGGGCGCGGCCGGCAGCGCGGCUGGCGACGCCCACGCUCACGCCCACGCGCGCACUGUGAGCGGUUCCGGUGUUGGCAGGGUCCUGCACAGCGAGAGCGGCGAUGGGCAGGCGGUAGCAUGGGCGGGGCAGCCACAGGUGCCUGCUGGGCAGCCGGUCUUUCGCCGCAGCAGCACCAAGGGGCCGGCGGCGGCACCUGCGACACGUAGCCGCCUCGGCAGCGGCACGUGGGGCGAGCCUUUUUACCUGGCCGGCGGGCCCUCCGCUACUGCGGCGCCCGGCAGCAGCACCCGCGGCUAUAGUGGCAGUGGUGCCGGUAGUGGCGCCUUGCUGACCCAGCCGGCGCAGCCGGCGGCAGCAACCGCGGGCCACACCACCAAGCCCAUCAUCACGGGCGUGCUGUCAGUCACGGCGGCCGUCGCUUCGCGCGGCGAUCACAACGCCGCCAACUCCACUGGUGGAUCGGCAAUGAGCGGGACCAACGGCAAUGUUACUGCCGCCGGCAGACCCGUGUUCAUGAAUUCACCGGGUGCCCUGUUAACCGGAGAGGAGAAGCAGCUGCCGCCUGCGUUCGGCGAAGGGCGUGCGGGUAGCGGCAUGGGAUCGGAGUCGUUGGCCGUGAUGCUGGGGGCCGGCAUGCAGCUAAUGAGUGCUGAUGGAGGCGGUGGGGAUGGCGGCACAGGACCCGUGGCGCGGCCGCCGUUGCCUGUGGUGGUGCUGCCGGCGGGUGCCGCCUCGGCGGCGCUGGGUGGUGGUGCGUCGCAAGGCAAAGGCUCACCCGUGCUGAUGGCCAGCGGCGGCGUGGCGGCGUCCGGCGGUGUGUCCGGUGCGGCGGACCGGCCGCGCAACGGCGCACUGCCGCUGACGGCUGUGCCACACGUGGCGGCAGAUGCGGAGCAGCACAGCCUGAGGGCUAGCGGUGGCACCGAGGCGGGAGUGAAUGGAGCAGGGGCGGCUGCUCAGGGCCGGGCUGCCGCUGCUGCUGUUACGGCUGCAGCGGGAGCGGGAGCGAAUGGGCAGCUGCAGGACGGCGGCAGCGCCCGAAGCACCAAAGGCAGCAAGGGCAUCAAGUCCCUGGUCAAGGGUAUGGCCAACGUACUUGGAUUGCGCAAGCCAUCGAGCCGCGGCAAUGCGUAAAUUGGGGGCAUUUGCGUUAGUGAAUCCAAGAGCUUUGCCCAAGCCAACUGUACAAUCGUAUAUGUAUCGUAUAUAGUACAUAUCUUUGCGUGCGGGGGUUGCGGGGUUUCAGGACUCCCAAUUCGAGCGAAAAUGGCUUACUUCAAGGGUCGGAAUGUGGUGUCAAUUGAAGCCUAAUCACCCCAUCGUGUUGUACGACACUCAGCAGCCGAUCCCAAGGACUCAUGUGUUCCUGAAGCUUGGCGAUGACGUCUGCACAUGACAGAUGGUGAGGGUCUUUGUUAUGGCCUGAUACAUAAGUUGCACACACGGACCCUGGAGCAUGCGGGUGCAGCAAGGAGCAUGGCUGGCUCUGGAGCAGAUGCCAAUCAGUGCCGAUGUGUCAUGUCGCUGUUCCGAGCUACCGGGCCGUAAAGGAUUGUGGAUCCGUGUGUAUCAUUGAAGCAGCGCUGUUACAAUAGCUUUCCGCUUUGCUUCACAUUGGUACGGAGGGAAGUAGUAUGAGCCUCAUGGUCAGGGUCCGGGUGAUCGCUUGCAUCUGCCUCCAGUUCAUUGUCGGGAAGCGCUGGUGUAUGUUUUUGUGCGUGCCGGUAGCUGUGGGCGGCGGGGCGGACAUUCCGCCAUUGCUGUACAUGUAUCGUUUGUGGUACCGCAUUUCCGGCGUCUGGGCAUGUGCAUUUCCGGCAUCUAAUGAUUGGCGCCACUGAAUUCAUGUAUGAGCCGGCGGCGCGACCUCCCGCGUCUCGGGCGGCAGCAGCGGCAAUUUUGCCGGCUUCCCGGCCGCUGCCGGAGCUUGGGCACGAGUUCGCAUGAGGGUUUGCUGAGGUGAGCUGUGCGUCCCAUGGACACCCCAUGGCCGCAUGAGCAGUGUUGGUGCAAAGUGCCUUGCCUGUCUUCCAGUACCCGUGUCAUGUGCGUGACGCCUUCUGGCGCCAGCAGCGAUUCGCUGUUGAAUUUCAGCAUGUGUAGAUUGGAUAUAUUGCUUUUACACAGUGUGCUCCACAGUGUGAUCUUGUUGGGCGCGCCAGCAGCUCGUGUCCUUACGCGAUGGCCUGGGUCAUCAUGCUGCCCAGUUGUUCUAUGGAAAGUGAUGAAAAGGGUCAAACAUCAAUCAACCCAACCAACACGUGCCCAUACAUAGACGGGACGAGUGAGACUCUGAGAGUAACGGGGGUUUUGGAGGCAGGUCCUAAGCACGGCCUGGCAUUUGGUUGUUGCAAGCUCAAGGCUCUGGAGGGGUGGUACUCUGUUGUCUUUGACCGUUCCUUUCGUGAUCUUCACUGCUGUACGUAUGCUCAAAACAUUGUAUACACACCUAAGUAUGGUAUGGAGGCCUCCUGGUGAGGAGGCGGGUGGAGGCACGUGGAGGCCGAGGGACCUGUGAAUUAGAUAGCCAAAAGGCAACUCUGAGAUACAGUGCGCGGAAGUAUCGUAUUCAUGUUCCAGAGGCCGCUCUGGCAGUCGGAACUGGUCAGGCAUCAUCGCAUAUCAAUUGUGGCCCUGCAAGCCGCCUGUGUGGUCGGCUGGAAGCGUGUGGUUUUUGGGCUGAGCCCCGGAGCGCAGCGAUUCAGGGGUGCCCGCUUCGUCGGCACCAAACUCAAUACUGUCACAAACUUUCUAAAUAUUAAUAUUGGUCAAGGCAUUGAUCGCAAGUAGACGGCAGGUCCAAAUCAGCCGGAACGAGAAGUUACUCCGCGAGUCCAUGGACACUUGACCGUCGGGACGGUCGAGGUCGCCCCAGUCCCGUAGGGGUGUGGGGCAUAGAGGUUAAGGGAAAGGCGCGGGAAUGCGUGGCAAGAGAAGGCGCGCGUGGAGGGCGUGUGGUUUGUGCACACUGUGGCCAAGUACCUGGCAUACACAUGUGCAAGGUCCAAGCAUUGGAUGGGUCUAAGCGCAACAGGGUGCACCGCCGACAGUUGCAAAGCGUAAGCUUUUGAUGAGAUUCCGUUUAUGCUGCUGGUCAAUCGAUGAGACUCCGCUGACUUUGACCAAUUGAAUGUUGCUGGCCAAUCACUGCGCGCCGUGCCUGGGAGUGGGAGGUGAGGCCUAGGGUAAGAGGCCUAGGGAGGAAAGGAGUCAGGAGGGGGGACUCUAUGUACGGCUAUGAGGUGGAGGGCGAGCAUCAAGCCUUGGUGCAGGGUUGAGCCUAUGCCGGGCUACGGGUGAGCUUAGACUUUAGUAUAGUAGCAUGCGCGAAAUGAUGCUGUAAUCUGGGCCUGCCAGGUCCAACAACAAAAAAAAGGUGAGCAAUACUCGACUCCAGCACAUGGGAGUACAGGAGUAGGAACGCGCUCCUUACUAGGGGAGACUAAUGAUGACGCUAUUGCUUGUAGGCGUUAUAAGGGUCAACGCGGCCCGAGCCUCCGGUUUCUAUGAGGCAGGAAAGUGCGCAAAGCUCGUGCGCGCCACCUUGUAACCAUACACACAU